GAUUUAUUUUUAUUUUUAUAUGGAAAUAUAAAGUAUUAAAUAUUAAUAUUGUUAUCAUUAUUUGCAACAUUUGAUAUCUCUUGUACACGAAUACACUCUUUAUCUCAUUUCAAUUAAAAAUAUCGUUGUCUACUAUUAUUAUUUUAAUUGAAAUCAUGUUUCGUGAUUGGCUAGCCUCCAUCUACUUAAAUGAAAUUCUUUCCUUUUAAUUUUUCAACUGUAAUUGCAAUCUUAAUCUAGAAGCAAUAUAUCCACAUACAAGAAGAUAAUCCUGGGUUCAAUUCCCAUUGCUGGCGUGGUCGGAUCGGAUCGCCGCCUUUUCGACAAAAUGCCUGUUCGCAGUCAAGACUGACGCACUAGUAGAGUUCGACACAGUCGUUCAUUUAUAAAAAUGCAGCUGAAAUCGGAAAUAAAUUAGAACGUCGUGACUGAGAUAACCAAGACAAUAACACCACAAAAGUAUAAAAAGUAUAAAAUAGCACUGCCAGAUCAAAAAAUUGCAAAAGGUAAGCAUUUCGCCAAUCGGUAUUGGUUUGUCAACAAAAGGAGGGAACUGUGGUGUAUUGUCAUUGAUUAUUAGGUGUAUUACUUAAUUUAAAGCGUGUCCACCGGUUCUGCCUUCAUGCUGCCAGCUUUUGCAUCAUGAAGUAGCGAUUCUAGGCAUGAAAGCUGUCUAAGCCUUUACCCCGCAAUCCCCGAUCCUAAUUUAGAGCGUAAUAAAUUUACGAGUGCCCCACACAAUAAAGCGUCCGGAAAUAAAAAGAAGCCGAAGUGGGAAAGAAGCAAGUUCAUUGAAAAAAAGUAACCCAUAACUAGCAACUCGCACUUUGGUCCCCAACGCGGUUCGAGUUAGUUUUUUGUUUUAUCGGCAUUUGAUUGGCCUGACAGAGCCACUUUUAUUUACUUCUUGCGUCUUGUUAUUAACCUUUUCUGCGCGACGCUGUCCUGUUGAAUUCAGCGCCUCAUUUGUCUUGCACCCGGACGUGAUUAAUUUAUGUGGUGCAAGAGAUUUCAAAUUUCUUCAGUAGUUUUAUUUGAGUCACUGCUUGGUGGCAACGCGCCUUUCGUUGUUGAUGUGCCGCUACUUUUAGUGCAUCAGACGACAAGCUCCCCACUAACUACACAUAUACAUAUACUAUGUGUAUGAGUGUUUAUGAAAUACCUAAAAAUAUCGGAAAUAGUUAUUUGAAACGCUGCAAUUUGUUUUCGAAUUCUGUGCGCUUGAUAUAUUUCGACAUACUACAUUUUGUGUGGUAGUGUCGACUGCGUGCACAAACAGCCUUGGUUUGAGGAGAGCAUAAUUUUUAAAUCAGAAUUUCGCAUUCGGUUUGGUAUUAAACUAAAUUAUAUUUUUAUUAUAAAUUUUCUUUUGGAAUAUUAGUAGAAUUUCUAAUAAAAUUAUACUCCUUCGGGCCUUUAAUACAAAUAGUAUAUCAGCAAGUUUUUAACAGUAGAUUAUUGGCACGCAAUCACACAUGCAACAUAAAAGCUAACAGCAGUACACAUAUUUAAUUUCACGCACUCAUGAACAAUGCAAACAAAUGGCAACUCAGCAGUCGCGUCGGAGACCAUGGUGGCCACAACACUCGCUUAGUGUACGCAGAAAUUCUUCGCCCGACCAUCGAACCGGCAAAGUAACAUCAGAGCUCCAAACAAUGCCGCAGUCCCCAAAGCGCAUCUACGCCUGGGUGGGCUGCUGGUCGCUUCUUGGCCAAUUCCCCAAUAGACUGCCGCGAUCCAAAUGGACGUUGGUGCAUCCGCUACCGAUACUGAUAUAAAAGCAACUCGAAGAUGUUCAGCAACUUUCAGUUUCUGUCAAAAACGCUUGGAACCACCACGUUGUGCGCGUUUGUGGUACUUGAAAAAAAUAACCGGGUACACAAAUUGUGGCCAAAGUAAACAAGAACGCCAAGUAACAUUCAACAAAGGAAGUAAAAAGCAGAAUUUGGGCAGCCCAACAACGGGUUUUUUUCGUUGAUUUCAAUUAUUUGCCGCCGUGUAUGCAUGUGUGUGUUUGCAAGAGGGAGCCGAAAACCGAGAAACGGCAUGAAGAUCACGCUUCCCGUGCUCGUCGCCACGCUUACAAUUUAUUGCGGUGCAACGGUUUUAUCUUUGCCACCAUCGCUUAUCGCCACAGCGGCAUCCUUAGCACGACACCAUGUUCGCCAAACACGAGACAGUCGAGGAAGCGCUACCAUAACAGCUGAUGCCAGCACGAUUCACUUACCACAGCAGCAUACUUAUGCUGUUGUAAAUCCGCAGCCGCUUCAAUGGCAGGCGGUGCGCCCGAAGAAGGAUGCAACCGGCUUUCGUUUAGACGGCGGCAAUCUUGCCACAAAUGGCUACACUGGCACAAACACCAACAGCGAUGAUAUUCUGGGCCUUUCCAGCGUGGAUAACAACAACAAUGCUGGUAUUAAAUUGACGCACCCCUUCAAGGUUAGCGGCAAUCUGGCAGAUGGUAAGGAUGCAUACAAUCUAAAUGCGCUGUUGGCAGGUGCCGCUGAAAGCUUGAAAUGGAAAAGUGAGAAUGCGCAACAAACCCACCGACGACAGCAACAACAACCACGAUCAGCCCAAUGGUGGCAUAUACAAGCACCGCGUAUACGCGCCAUGCAGAUGAAGGAAUUCUUUACGCCGCUCAAGUACUGGGCGCACCAUUGCCAGCCGCCCGAACACAACUGUCCGCAGGAGUACUACCGAGCGCUGCUCGCUGACAGAAGCCGAGCAGCCGCCGCAGAAGCUAAACUAAUGGAUGACUUCACCGCCAACGACGGUGAGGAAGUAAAGGUGAAACAACCUACCACCAGCGCGAGCGCUGCCAACGAAGAUGAUGAUGUCAACGUGAAUGCGCAUGCAUUCGCCCAAAACGAUGGCGGCGGCGGCAUCUAUGAUUCUAUGGACAACAUUAAUGAUGACGGCGCGGUAGAUAAUGUCUACAGCGAUGCUGAUGCCGUUGCUGAGAUGUCCUAUGAUGAAGAUGAAGGCAACAAUGCCAGCAAUGACAUUUUAAUGCUGCUCAGCGGCGAACAAGAUGUCAUGAAAUUUCUGAGUUGGGCCAUGCAGCAGCUUUAUCCAUAUCAGCAUUUUCCACAGCUGAACGGUAGUGAGGGUGCGGAAUACUACUACCCAGGCAUGUUCAAUUGGAAGAAAUUGAAUUUAUCGGGACACCUCGAACCGCCUUUGGUGGUGGAGGAGCCUCACUAUGUGAUUGUGCGGCGCGAGCAGUUGGAAGACGACUUGCCACCAGGCAUACGUAUCGAAGACCGCAAACCGAAGCAGCGCAGUGCGCUCUUUCAGAGUAUUUUCAAUCUCAAUCACGGCCCACAGUACAAAGAUGAUCCAUUCAUACCGCCGCGUGGCCGCAAACAUAAUUUACCCGAUCUGGAUGCAUUGUUGAAUCGCUACGAGACAUUUGUGCCAAAUCGCGGCAAGCGCGACAAAAUCAAAGACAUUUUCAAGUAUGACGAUCUAUUUUUUCCGAACCGCGGCAAAAAGCAGGGGCCGCCAAAGGCUGCAACUGUGGUGCAAAGCGGUGACGACAGAGAGAAUGAGGUGAAUACGGUUGAGAUCGCGCCUGAAGACAAUGUUGACGGCGGUGGUCAGACUGAUGGGAGAAGAGGGUUGCUGUUACGCGAUCAAGUUGAUAGGAGCGAUGACAGCAACCUGACAGUGUCGCCUGCCGCAGUUGCUAUCAGUCGUCUGCUGGCUGGAUGGAUGAAAUGCCUGCAACCGCAUGAGCUAUGUGUGCCGCUGAAAAGAGUGGUCGAUGUCACGAGGGAUGGCAAUGCUUCUGGAACGCAGAGAAGUGGCUUUGAGAAAAACAAUGAUGACAACAGCAACAAUUAUAGUGACACAAUUGACAGCGAUAUUGCAGUUGCUGAUGGCUACAACAGUGGCAAUGGUGGACGGCCUGACAGAGUUGCGCGUUUUCGCCGCGUGCCAACUACAUUCGGUGGCAUAACACGAAUAGCGGCAAAUCGUUUGCGCUCAAUGCCAACAACAAUAAAAUCAGCAGAACGCCAGCAAAACAAAAGUCCAACCAGACGGCAAGGGCGCUUACCACACCAACAACCAGCAAUGCUACGGUACUUCAUUCGACAAUUACGGCAGAAACAAGCCCAGCGCCGCGGUAGCUGGCAAUGGCCGCUGCUAGCGAAUCAAGUGCGAACUAACAUUAACGAUUUAGAUCUGUUGACAUGGCGACAGCAACAACAAGAUAACAUGAAUAAACCUUUGACGGCAGAACACUUACCAUUGCAACAAGAGCAAAUAGAACAACCAAAGGGGCAACAAACCGAACACCAUCACCUGCAACAUUUGUUUGGCGGUGUUAGCGGUAUCACCGCAGGGCGCAGCUCUCCAGAGACGGCAGAUAUUGGCGGCAUAUAAAGUUUAAUGUUGCCACUGGUGGCUCCAUUGUUCUUACUCAUUCUCCUUGGCACUCUUGCAAUAAUCGAAAUCUACUGCAAAAAAUACCAUUAAUACGUUUACAAAUGACAAAUUACUGAAAACCGACAGAGUUGAAAAUAAGUAAAAGCGUCAGAAGACAAAAUGAACCGUUCGUCAGAACUAAAUAUGAAAUUUAUCAACGCAUUGUAUUCAUAUGUAAAAGCAUUCACUGCAUAUGCUCCCCACACAUAUGUAUGUAUAUCGACAUAUUGUAUGA